AUGUCCCGCGAGAUCAAUCAGUUCUGGCAAUGCAAGUUUUGCUCGGCGCUGUUUAUUUCAGACGAUCUCUUACAACUGCAUUUUGAAGAAUAUCGAUCCAGGGCUGCAGAGGCCGAAAACUGCCUGGCCCACGCCAAUGCCAACGUCGACGAGAUUGUCAACGCCGACGAGAGCCCAGAAGAUCAAUUAGACGACAGCGAAGAGCCAGAGCCAAUAAAGAAGAAUACUAAGUGUCCCUAUAAAGGAUGUGAUCGGGCCGAUCCGUUCCAGAAAGGGCAGCAGCUUCGAGUGCACUACGGACGACAUGUCGCCUGCGAGGAAGUAUGCGUCUACUGCUACAAAAUAUUCAGAGUAGCAAGUGAGUACAUCACACACACGAGAGAUCAUGGCGAUGCAGUUGAAGAGAAGGCGGCCUACACGAGUCGAAGAUGCGCUCGUCUCCUUAAACAGAUCAACCAGGAGCUUGUGGCACACUUGCGAGGAGGCGACCACAACAAGGCAAAGAAAAGGACAUGGACUGAGGCUGCGUUGCAUUCCGACGUUAUCAGUCGCGAACUCAAGGGUGAAGAGAUCGGUAUUUUCGAUGAAUCCUCGGGUCCCGUCUUAGCGGGCACAAUGCCGGGUCUCCAGUCUGUCCUUGGCAAUGCUAGCCAAGCAGACUUUACCCAAAACCCAGUAAACUUGCAAUCUCAGACAGACAUGUUUUUACCAAGUCAGGACGACGACGAUUCAUACACGCCGUCAUUGUUCCUACGUAUGAACUUCUGCAGAUAUCCUCCCUCAGCUGAUUUGGGGUUGGGUCUGGAUACCUUAACAGCCAUCGAGACAAUGGGGCUACAGCACACUCUGUAA